GACGGUGAAGGUGCCUGUCUCUUCAUAGGUUCCUAUCAGUGAGCACGUUUCUUUAAUCGUCAACUUCUUCGUCCAUCCUGUUUUAAUCCAAGAAAAAAAAGAAUCUGAAAAAAGAAAGACAAGUGAGACAAGAUGAUGUUGGUGCCGCUGGUCGUGGUACUUUUCACGGCGAUGGUGUACGCCCAACCAGCCAUAAACGAAAUUCGGCCACAAAGCAACAGACCAGGAAGAUUUCUGUCUCUUCCGAUACCGCAGAAAUGUGCAAACCGACCGAAAGAAUUCAACUAUAGAGGACACAAUUAUUUCUACAGCGGACAUGUUCAAGCUCAUGCGAACCAGAGGGUAGAUUGGUUAGAUGCUAGGAACAUCUGCAGAGAAUAUUGUAUGGAUCUCGUGUCGAUGGAGACUCAAGAUGAAAACAACUUAAUCUUCAGACUUAUUCAACAAAACGACGUUCCUUACAUCUGGACAUCUGGACGUCUCUGCGAUUUCAAAGGUUGCGAGAAUCGCCGCGACCUUGAACCCAAAGCCCUCUAUGGAUGGUUCUGGUCAGCCAACAGAAACAAGAUGGCACCAACAAAUCAAGUGCCCGAAGGUUGGUCUUUCAACCCAUGGUCCCAAACUGGUCAUAAGAAAGUUAGGCAACCGGAUAACGCUGAAUUCGACAUAAAUGGCACCAGCGAAUCUUGCAUGUCUGUUCUAAACAACGUUUACAAGGAUGGAAUCAGUUGGCACGAUGUAGCUUGCUAUCAUCAGAAACCAUUUGUCUGUGAGGACUCUGAAGAACUUUUGCGCUAUAUAGCCAAUACCAAUCCCAAUCUCCGCCUUUAAAGGCUUCAUAAAUGAAUAAUCCUCGUCAUCAGCACCUCUUUAUCCGUUUCUUUUGCAGCAUUGAUAAGACACGAAUUAAAAAAAGAAAAAAAGAAAAAUGAUCAUUGAACAUCUUUUAUAUUAUAUAUAUUAAUUAGUUAUCUAUUAGCUUUAAAACAUUUUCUUUCGUUUGGAUUAUAAAAAAAAUAUUCUAUAUUGAAUUCAUUAAAAGCAUGUACAUAGCAUAUUUAUCAUUUAUAAUUUGAAUCAUAAACAUAACGUUUUCGUAUAUAAUAAAAAUUAUUACAUUGUUAUAGUAAAUAUAUGUACAUGUUAUAUACAUAUAUACUACAAAUGUUUAUCAAUAUCAUCAAAAUGUGUCUCGUCGCUGCAUUUUUCCGCACUCAUUUUUCAAAAGAAUUCAAUAAUCUUUUACAUUCUGUUUAAUUUGUAAUUACAGCAUCAGUUAAUGAUUAAUGUAAACAUAUUUAUUAAUAGAUUUACAUUUGGCAAACAAACUCUGUACAUUUAUGAAUAAACUUUAUUUGUAGGUA